AGAGAGAGAGAGAGAGAGAGAGAGUGGCCGGAAUAUUCCGAGAUUUCAGGCAAAAGUUUUCAAGGGUUUGGGCGGAAUCCGUUGUGUGCUUGUGUUGUCAUGCCGUACCGUGUUCGUGAGAAUCUAUUCAUCGGGAACAUCGGCGACGCGGCGGACAUUCUCCAAAAAGGUAGCACUGAGAUCACACACAUUCUAUCGGUCCUCAGUUCGGCGUCGAUAUCGUUUUUCUCCGAAUGGCGUAGCGGUCUCGUUAUCCCCACAAAGGAAAUCAAGAAGGUCUAUGUUGGAGGGUCUGGUGGCGGUGAUGGUGGUUCGGGUUCUGAGAAUGCCUCGGGUGGUGAUGGGGGGUCGAAGAGUUCCUUGUCGCCGGAGAAGCUUUUGUACUCUUUGGAAUAUGCAGGCAAGGACUUGAAGCUGGUGAGGAUGGCUGUGCCGCUGAGAGACAUGGAGAGUGAGGACCUUCUGGAUUAUUUGGAUGUUUGUUUCGAUUUCAUUGAUAAGAGCCGAAAAGAGGGGUCUGUUUUGGUGCACUGCUUUGCCGGCGUGUCAAGAAGUGCAGCUAUUCUUACGGCAUAUCUUAUGAGAACAGAACAUCUAUCUCAAGAAGAUGCGCUUGAAUCCUUACGGCAUAGCUGCGAGUUUGUUUGCCCCAAUGAUGGCUUUCUAGAGCAGUUAAAAAUGUUUGAGCAGAUGGGCUUCAAGGUUGACCAUGCAAGCCCAGUAUACAAGCGCUUUCGACUGAAAGUACUGGGUGAGUUUUAUAACCGUGGGGAGAAGAUAGACAGUUCUAAAUUUGGGGCAGAUCCCGGCCUGUCUACCGAAAUUUCCUCGGAAUUGGAAGUAGCUUCAAAUGAAGGAAAUAAUCAGACUCCUGCGUACCGCUGCAAGAAAUGCCGAAGAGUUGUUGCAUUGCAGGAGAAUGUUGUAGAUCACAUCCCAGGGGAGGGUGAGACAUCCUUUGAGUGGAACAAGCGUAAAAGCGGAAACCGUUAUUACAAGUCUGAUGAGACAGAGUGUUCGUCCAUUUUUGUUGAGCCUCUACGAUGGAUGACAGCAGUUGAAGAAGGUGCACUGGAGGGGAAGUUGUGCUGUGCUCACUGUGACGGCCGGUUGGGCUACUUCAAUUGGUCAGGCAUCCAAUGCAGUUGUGGGAGCUGGAUCACCCCAGCCUUUCAGCUCCAUAGAAGCCGAGUGGACAUCAGCAGUGUCUAAUAUUAUUAUUAUUAUUGUGAGGCAAAUGUGUUUCUUUGCCAAUCCAGUCCUCCAAAGGUAAAAGUGGUCACUAUCUUUUAUCAGUAAUAAUAUUUAGAUAACACUCAAACAAAGAGUAUUAUAUCCUUAAAUUAAUAGAAGCAAACGGAUGAGGCCUCUCAAAAGCUUUUUGUAUUUUGCCACGAGAGCUGCAGUAGAAGAUUGAAGAAGCUUUUUCAGUAAAUUGCUCUCCUGCAUUUUGGGUAUU